GCGGGGCUUGCCCGGGCAUGUGGGAGCUGCGGGCUGCUUGGACACCACGUGCGGGCGGGAGGACACGCGCGGCGCUUCAGAGCGCCGCCCUGCUGGCAAUCACCCCCCAGACCGCACUUGCCCCCGAGCGCUGAGCCCACUGGGAUGGUACCCCGGGAAGGCCCUGAGUCUGUGCAGUGCCCGUGCCCUUCCCUGGCUAGCCUGCAGGCCAAGGAUGCGCUUCGGAGGAAGCACAAGAGGAAGAGCCGACAGCACCAGCGAUUCAUGGCCCGGAAGGCGCUGCUGCAGGAGCAGGGGCUGCUGUGCAUGUCCCCAGAGCCGCCGUCCUCCCCACCGCCCACACCGUCGGGGGCACUGCCGGGCACUGAAGGCACCAGCGGCGGGACACAUCGUCCAAGGAAUGAAUCGGGAGGUGCUUCAUGGAGCAGGAAGCCCACCCCCAGGGAAUCCGGGGGUCCCUGGCCCAGCAAGUGCGUGGCUAUCGACUGCGAGAUGGUGGGCACGGGACCCCGAGGGCGGGUGAGCGAGCUGGCCCGCUGCUCUGUGGUGAGUUACCACGGCGAUGUCCUCUAUGACAAGUACGUCCGGCCGGAGAUGCCCAUCGUGGACUACCGUACCCGCUGGAGUGGCAUCACUCAGCAGCACAUGCGCAAGGCCAUCCCCUUCCAGGUGGCCCAGAAAGAGAUCCUCAAGCUCCUGAAGGGCAAGGUGGUGGUGGGGCAUGCGCUCCACAAUGACUUCCAGGCCCUCAAGUACGUGCACCCUCGGAGCCAGACCCGCGACACCACUUACGUGCCCAGCCUCCUGCAGCAGCCCGGCCUCCACACCCGCACCCGGGUCUCUCUGAAGGACCUGGCCCUGCAGCUGCUACACAAGAAGAUCCAGGUCGGCCAGCACGGGCACUCGUCGGUGGAAGACGCCACAACGGCCAUGGAGCUGUACCGGCUGGUGGAGGUGCAGUGGGAGCGGCGGCAGGCCUGCAGCCUCCCGCCCCACCCCGAGGACCGGGACCCGGACAGCAGCGCGGACGUGGAGCAGUACAUGGAGGACCAGUACUGGCCCGAGGACCUGGCCCAGGGCACCCGUGGAGGAGCAGGGGAGCCACAGGACAGAAGGGAGUGAGGCAGGAGAGGCUCCCAGGUGGCCUCUGGGUGGAGCGUGGGGCGUGCGGGGGGCCAGGAGAGCCCUGGGCACGUCGUCCCUGGUAGGGAGGGUGCGGCUAGCCUGUUGCGGGGGGCCAGGGAGCUGGGACCAUCUGUCCUCUCGGCUCCCUCCAUCCAAGGCUGUUGUGGGCACUUAACCCCACCCCUGUGGCCUGCUAAUGGCACUUAAUAGACACUGUGAAAAUGUCAGGUGCGCAGGGACCCAGCUGGGGGAGGACGCGUGCCGAUAGACCA